AUGAAGGCGCUACAUAAGUGGAGACGUGGGAGAUGGUCGGCCUAUUCGAAAUCAACACGCAGCCGCAACAAUGCCAUCAAGCGCAUCCAUAAUUAUUUCUUCCGACGACAGCGACAUCGAGAUAGUCGGCGAUCCUUCAUGGAACGCCAAGAAGACAAGGUCGGAGUGGAUGGUCCGGCGGGCAGCAGGAGGAGGAGGAUGCAUCCCGGUCGGGUCCUUCGAGGUGGAGCGGCGGCGCAGGAGCGAGGAGCUGGUCCUGCACCUGCGAGCGGAGUGGGACAGUCGGCGGCUGUCCCUGAUGAAGUCGACGGAAAACAUGGCGAGGGCCCGCGUCAAGGUGAUUGCCCAAAUGCGAAGGAGGAACACGAAGGAGGCCAGGCAGCGGCGCAUCGAUGGACGCAUGAGGGCAAUGGUCAAGGCGAGAGCGAAAACGGCACGGCAGCGGCGGAUCCGGAAAUUAGUGGAGACUGCGAGGAGGAGGGCUGCCGCCGGCAGGGAGCGGCAGGCAGCGAAGUGGAAGGCGAAGAUACCGCCGACGCCACGCCCAAGGGCGGAAAGACCGGAGGAGAAGCCAUGCAGAGCGGCCCCGAGCCAGAAGAGGGUCCGGCAGGCGACGCCGUGGCCUGCGGUGCCCCCUACCCCACGGCCGCAACAGGAGCGGAGAGAGGAGCAACCAUGGGAGAAGGGGCCAUGGGUGUGGCCGGAGCCGCGGAGGCCUGCGCUGGGCCGGCAGACAUCGUGCCCAGAAAAACGGCCGGCAAGGCCGGUGCUGGAGCGGCAGGCAUCGGUCGGAGGCGGGCGAGAUGUGCCGGAGGAAAAUUGGCCGCCGGAGCUUGCCGCAAGGGUGAAGGCGGAGAUAACCAAACGGCGAGGCAAACCCGGAAGGUGGUGCAUCCUGGCACAGGUGGGUGCCACAUGCUUCCGGGUGCGAGGAGGCGGCAGAGGAGUAAGGGUAGUUAG